AUGACGACGACACAGAAUUGUAUUUUUCUAAAGAUUGCUUUUGUAUACACUCGCCAAAUAUAAAGAUGUGUUUAAAUGUAUUAUUCAUGUGAAAGAGACCAGACUGCAGAAUCUUUGAAUUAAUAAAUUCCUAUAGUCAAACAAUUAAUUCCUUUUAAAAAAGAUAGAAUUUUCGGCAAAUGUGACCAGUACCCAAAUGAGUAAGCCUUUCAAUACAACUUUUUAAUAUUAUAUUAAGUCUUGGCAUUUGUCUAAUAAUAUCUAUAAUUGGUAUUGCCAUAAUAUUUAGUCUGUUCAUUUUGUACUUUAUUUGUGUCUAUGAUGUGUGUACACAUAAAUAAGCAAACAUACAGCUCACUCAAUGUAAGUCAAGUUCACUUAAUUACAAUGUAAUUAAAUGAAACAUCUAAACAACACAACAAUACAUAUUUACAAGAAAUCUUGAGAACAAGAAGUAAGCCUGUUCACGUGGUAAAUGGGUUGGAUUGGUUCGCUAGGUGAAUAAACCCGAAACUGAAUCUUAAUGGAAUUUAAAUAGAAUGCAGCCUUUUCUGGCUGGUUUCUCCAUAUUGCCUAGUUUAAAGCAUAUUAAGUCCUUAACUCAUGGUUUAUUUAGUAAAUAUUAGGUAGUAAGAAAUGAUUACAAUUCUGUGUAAUAUCCCAAUCCAAUCCCCUUCUUCUUGUCCCAGUGAUACAAUUGUUUUCUUUCAUACAGUUCUUUCAGAAUCUUAUAGAAUAACCCUUAUACUCAUCAGAGACAUCAGAGACAACCAAUUUCCCCAAAUUACUUAAACCUAGGGGAACUUAAGGGAUAGAAAUUGCUGUUUCAUGAAAGAUACCUGAAGGAACUGAAACUACAUCCAGGAAACUGACUCGUACGCCACAUGCACUUGCGAAACCAACCUUCAAGACCAUAUUUAGACGGAGUGAGCUCUUAUUUUGAACAAGACUUAGUUGGAGGACAAAAUGGAAGGAUUGGAGGACUAUGUCGACUACUUGGAUUACACUCCAGGCAAUGAAACUGCAGAGCCUUCUGGAACUUUAGGAGACAACACAUUCUUUUGGAAAUACAGUAGUUUGAUAAUCAACAUCCUCAUUGCCCUGGUCGGCCUCAGUGGAAAUUCUGUGGUCAUUUGGAUUUCGGGCUGGAAAAUGAAAAGAUCUGUUAAUUCUACCUUCUAUCUCAGCCUGGCCAUUUCAGAUUUCUUGUUCUGUGCCUGUCUGCCGAUGGAGAUAUUCUAUGUGAUGACCUCGAAUUGGCCCUUUGGACUGGCGUUGUGUAAGCUCACCUCCUCUGCACUGUUUUUCAACAUGUUCAGCAGCGUCUUUGUACUGAUGCUGAUCAGCAUUGACCGCUGUGUGAUAGCAAUGUUUCCAGCGUGGUCCCAGAACCACAGGACAAUCAAGAUGGCAUCCAGUGUACUAGUCAUCACAUGGAUCCUUUCUGCUAUCAUGACUUUGCCUUCACUGCUCCACAGAAACACCAGAGUCCUCGGUAAUGUCACGAAGUGCUAUGUCCAUUCUGGGUCCAUCGCUGUAGACAAAGCAGUGGUGCUGACCCGAUUCAUCUUCGGAUUCCUCAUUCCUUUUGUGAUCAUUGUAAGCUGCAGCAUCAUCUUGUGUAUAAAGCUUAGAAGAUUAACCAUCAAAACCACUAAGCCCUAUAAGGUCAUGGUCAUACUCAUCUUGACCUUUUUCAUCUGUUGGAUUCCCUUUCAUAUAUUUGUUCUUCUUGAAUUAAACAUACAUAAGCACAACGUGUAUGUAGUCGAAACAGGAUUGGUUGUGGCAGUAACUUUAGCUGCGGCGAAUAGCCUCAUCAAUCCAUUUUUGUACGUGUUUAUUGGUAAGGAAUUUAAACAAACCCUUAGGAAAUCUAUAAUAGGGAGGAUGGAGUAUGCGAUGGACGAGGACGGUCGGACAGCAAGUAUUCUCCAAGGAUCCAAGUCAAUGGCUAAUGACGGACAGAUUUCAAAAGUGUUUGUUCACAAUGUUCUUUGAGUUUGUCAGAAUUUUAGUUAGAAAAUGCAUUUGUUCAUUUUUGUUCAUUUUAGUACACAUGUUACAAUUGUGAAUUAUAUCAGCUCUCCCUAAAUAACCGUCCCAAACGUUGCAUUAGUAUGAAAGACAGCCAUGAGCUUGUGGAUAAACACAAUACUCAAACAAAUAUAGAUCAUAUUUUUUUUCUUGAUUUUAAAUAACCAAGUUGAAUGAUGAAUCCAACUAUUUCAGCUAUAUUUUCUAUGAGGGAGCAUUGGGUCCUACUAUAUUUGAUGUUCAUUCAAGUUUACGUCUGGGAAAAACGGAAUCGGUAUAUUUUCCUUACGAGGGCUUUUGUAUGCAUACAACAAUGAUAAACUAUAUUCAUAAACGUGUUUGAAUGUAUGAUAAAAUCAUGUAUAAGAGACCAAACAGAAGAAUCUUAAACUUAAUAUAGCAAAAACAAUGUUUGCAAUUUGAAAGUUAUGUGGUAGAUACAUUGCGUUAUAAUUUCUUGUCCACUUCCUCGUGUUGGGUCAAUGCAACAUUUGUCAGCUUCUAUUUUGUAGUGACCCGUACCGAAAUGCAAAUGAGUUAGCCUUUUAAUAAUACUUUUAAUCUUUUAUCAAGUCUUCAUCUAAAUAUAUUCAUAGGAAUAAUCCAUUUGCUCGUAAAGUAGGCAAGAUACACAAGAAUAUAAAUGUUGCUUAUUUUAUUGAACAUUGAAUUUGCCAUAGAGCUAGAUACGACAAUGCAGGGAGGGAGGAAGGAAGUAUUUCAGGCGUGAUCGUUUUACUCUUC